GCCAUAGCAGGUUACUAAAGCGCAAAUGCAAUUGUGCACGAAAAAGUGAACAUUUAUAAUAUCUAAAAAUGAACGCGGGACACACAACAUGAGUAAACUGUGGGAAUAACUCCAUACGAGACAAACGAGCGGCGAUACAAACAGAGCGGAGCAAAAAAAAUUGGCGUUCACUUGAUAUUUAAAUGGAAGUGGGUGGGCCCUCGCACAGACAGCGCGUUAACUUGGAUUUGGACGCGUUUCGUCGGAGAUCCGUUUGUUCUGGACAAACAUUUCACGAGUCGGCCUUCGUGAAACGCGCGCACGACGGGUUUUGAAGGUAACGCGGCCAGAGACGCUUCUCCGCUCCCGUUGUUUCACGCGUGCGGCUCCUGGGCGCCGCCCUUGCUGGCGGGUGGGUCUCUCCGCCGGGGCGGUCGGCGGAGCUACGCCACAGCCUGGCAGUAGCCAUUCGUGGAAAAAAUAGGCCGUCCUUCUCCGGGCUUCUGCCUGCCUCUGCCUCCACAGCGUCCGGCCUUUUUUUUUCCUUUAACAACUCCUCUCCGGUUUUAUUAAUGCGGGAUGAGUGAUCAAAAGAGAGAAGCCAUGGCGACAGAUGGGGGCAAAUCAGGUGGAGGCGAAAGGGGCAGUAAAGGGAAAACGUCUGGAUUACAGGACGCGCAGCCAUCGCCUCUCGCGCUGCUCGCGGCCACAUGCAGUAAAAUAGGUGGCGUGGGUGGGGAGGGCCAGACAGGCGCACCGCAGCAGAUCCUCAUCGACCCCAGCCAGGGCCUGGUGCAGCUGCAGAACGCCCCCCAGCAGCUGGAGCUGCUGCCUGCACAGUUCACGGGGAACGGCUGGCAGCUCAUCGCGGCUCCCGCCGUUAACGCUGCGGCCGCCACCAAAGACGGCGUGCAGGUGUCCGGCACGGCUACGGGUGCCAGUGUGGUCUCCGUGGACAGCACGCCCGGGCGAAAGGUCAAAUCGGUGGCGGCGAACAGCGCAACCGUCGGGCAGCAGCAGCAGCAGCAACAGUUUCAGAUCAUCCAGGUUCAGAACAUGCCAAACUCGACAGGGGGCAUCCAGUAUCAGGUGAUUCCGCACAUACAGACUGCCGACGGUCAGCAGAUCCAGAUAAACCCGGGCAACCCCGCAGCCUUAAGCGUCCAGCCGGAGCAGAUCCAGCUCAUUCCAGCUGGGAACAACCAAGCCAUCCUGGCCACGCCCCCAAGGGCGGCCUCUGCCAACAUCGUCACCCAGAACGUGACGGGUCAGACCAUACCGCUGCAGAUCCGCCCAUCCUUCCCUCUUCAGCUGCAGACCAUCCAAGGCACCCAGGCCCCUGUGGUGACUACGCUACCCAUAAACAUCGGCGGCGUGACCCUAGCCCUGCCUGUCAUCAACAACGUGGCCACGGGCGGAGGAUCGGUGCAGUUGGUGCAGUCAGGUGACAGUAGUGUCACCAAUGGCAGCCAGCUUAUAGCGACCACCGUCACAGGCCCAGUGAGCGGUGCAGACUCCACCAGCACGGCGGGGGGCGGGGACUCCACGGGCGCGCCUUCCACCGACGGUCCGUCGUCUUUGGUCGCGGCGGACGUGGAGAAGGACGUGCGCGGGCAGGCGGGCGAAGCGGACGCCCAGGGCGCAUCUCAGGCCAACGGCCUGCAGGCGGCGCCUGACCAGCAGCAGCCCACCCAGGUGCAGCAGUUCCACAUCGUGGGCCACCCGGUGCUGCAGCAGAUCCAGAUCCAGCAGUCCCAAUCGCAGCAGCAGCCCCAGCUGGUUCAGGGCUCCAUCCAGCUCCAGCCGGGCCAGACCCUGCAGCCUGUCCAAGGCAGUGUCCAGCUGCAGGCCUUCCAGAACCCGGCGCAGGUGCUGAUCCGGGCGCCUGCGCUCACGCCCACCGGACAGAUCAGCUGGCAGACGGUGCAGGUGCAGAAUGCCGGCGUGCCCCAGCAGCUCACGCUCGCCCCGGUGGCAUCCAAUGCCGGCAGCGGCGGCGCGUUCGCGCAGAUCGCCCCCAUCACUCUAGGGGGCGCCCCCAUCACACUCAACACGGCCCAGCUCACCUCCGGCACGGGCGUGCAGACCGUAAACAUAACAGGCCUGGGUGCCACCGGUGUGCAGGGAGUGCCACUCACCAUCACAGGCGUGCAAGGUCAACAGCAAGGUCAGGAAGGGGUCAAGGUUCAGCCAGCCCCCGUGACGGUCACGGUGAGCAACCUGACCAAUGCGACGCUGAACACAGUUAGCCCCGAGCAGAUGGGCCCCGCACAGAGCCCCUCAGAGCAGGAGGGCCAGCCUGGCAAAAGGCUUCGCAGGGUAGCCUGCUCCUGUCCGAACUGCAGGGAUGGCGAGGGGAGGAACAACAGUGACCCAUCGAAGAAGAAGCAGCACGUGUGUCACAUGGAGGGCUGUGGAAAGGUGUACGGCAAGACGUCCCACCUGAGGGCUCACCUGCGCUGGCACACGGGCGAGAGGCCCUUCGUCUGCAACUGGAUCUUCUGCGGGAAGCGCUUCACCAGGAGUGAUGAGCUACAGCGGCACCGCCGGACGCACACAGGCGAGAAGAGGUUCGAGUGUAUGGAAUGUUCCAAAAGGUUCAUGAGAAGCGACCACCUGUCGAAGCACAUCAAAACGCACCAGAAGAAAGGGGGCGCAUCGCUGGCCAUCCUCACCACGGAGGACAUGGAGGACGACGUGGAGGAGGCCCUGGGCUCCCCGAGAAUUGUUACCGUGGCGUCGCUCUCCCAGGAUUCCAACCCGGCCAUGCCCACCACGUCUAACAACCUAGAGGAUGAGUUUGAGUAGCCUUGCCUCUGGCUCCCCCUGCAAAAAGCACCAUAUUAUAUGUUGGUUUUGUUGUUUUUUUGGGGGGGGGGGGGGGGGUGCUUUUUUUUUUGCUUUUUUUUUUUUUUCUAUAAUGAAAAUGGACAGCUGUUCGAGCGCAACUGAUUUUUCAUAUGAAAAUGUAAAACUAUUGAAUAAUAUAAUACAAAAUCUAAAGAGUCUAAAGAGUAUGGAAUUACCAUUGGUUUUUAAGAGGCAUACAAUAACUAUUGGAAGUGAAAUGGAGUAUGUCUUAUUUACAGUAGCACAAGGGGGGAGGGGGAUCUGCUGUUCCCAGUACGAAAAUCCACUAUGAAGAGUCUUUCUUUAGGAUUAAAAAAGAAUCUGUUUCUAUGCACAAAAUUGUAUAUCUUUCUGUCAGAUUGAUUAUUGAUUGAUUAUACAGUUUAUUCCUUGUUGUCAGGGCUGGGGAGGUGGUGCGACGUUGUGUUGGCGUAAGAGUAGGCAAACCUCGGGUCCUAUCUCUGAGGUCAGCAGUGGUCUGUGGCAAAGGCACUGGAAUGUGGCCUGGGUGUGGACCUGAGCUGUUCGCCAUCUAACUGUACCGCGGGAGGACUGGCGUACCGCUCUGACCAUCACUCCCCGUGGAGGCACAGAGCCGCUCGGGGUCGCGCCCUUGGGCAUGCCACCUUUUUAUGCAGAGCUUGAGCGCUGUCAAAUUGACCGUAUGAUCAAACAGUGGGGAAACGGGAAGAUGCGUUAAAAGGGUCGUUUUAAAAAAUAUAUAUAUAUAAGCACAUAUGAAAUCUAAAGGUUUAUAAAAUAAUAAAAAAAAAAAACCCAAUGCAUUCCUAUGAAAAACCGGUUGACAUUGAAAAUAAGAUUUCUGUGCGGGGUAAAAAAUACAGGGGAAAACAAUCUAGCUUUCUAAGACUUGCUACGUUAAAUGAAAGCAAUACUAUAAAGACAAUCCUUGUGAAACCAUGUUUACAUUAGUAAGGGGCAGAUUAGAUUUCUUUAAGUGAUGAAAAACAGCCAGAAAGGUCUUUUGUGUCUCAAAGUCAUAUGAACUGUACUACAAUGCCUUAACACAGACUGCAGUACCACUCUAUAAUGCGUGAGUGGAUUGGGGUGGGGGAGGGUCUCUGACCACAUUGUACGAAGAAUUUGUGUACAGUUGCACACAGUUGACCACGUCCUUUCUUUUAUACAGUAGUGAACACUGUGGCCAGUUAGGACAAGUUGGGUACAGCCUUUUCUCUCCAUUUGGUUUUCCUAUCUUCUCUUUUUAAUCCCUCUUGGAGUUGAGGUUUCUGAGUUUCAGUAAGUAUCAAACUUUCUGACUUCUGCGUGUUUCCCACUCAUCUCCUAAUUCCUUCUCCCUUUUCCGCUCAGUCCCAGUCCCUCCUCCUUCCCCCACAAAAACUUCAACUCCCAUGCUCCCCUGCCCUUGUGCAGAGCUGGGGCCACUUGCUUCUUCCUUUGCGGUGGUGGAGUUUUGGUCCACAUAGCUCAGUUUGGUGUUCUGAGUGUAUUGGUUGCAUUUUCUUUUAUUUGUGGAGAUUUUGUGAAUGUUUGUUUGUUUUUCAACUUCCUGUUUCUUUUUUUAAAAAAUCCCUCUACCCCUUCUCAGCUCUUUCUGUUAACAGACUGUACAUCGCUAAUUUAUUAUUUAUCCUUAUUUCAAUAUUUUGCCUUUUCAGACUGCUGAUGUGUAUUGUACGCUGUCGAGCCCGAGAUUAUGUGCAGCAUGAUUUCUUUCUGCUAUAGUAAUUAUUUCUACUUGUGCUCCUUUUAUAAGUAUAACCAUAGCUUUUUUAUUUAUAUGAAUUUUUUUCUCACACAUAACAUGUUUCAGAAGAAAGAAAAAUAAGUAAAAAAAAAAAUUUAAAUGAAUGGUUGAUACCAAACAAUUUAGAUGUUUUUGGUAAUAUUUUGUGUGACAACCAAUUUUUCUUUGAUAUUUUCUAGUGACAUCUCAUUUGUAAAUCUUUUUCUAAAAAUGUUUGUUUGUCUUCAUGACAUUUGAUAAUGUUUUUUUCUGCCAGGUUAGCCUUAAAGGCUGCAGUUUAUUGAUAUUUUUAAGAUAACUUUGUACAAACGUGUUAUGUUAAUGGGUAAAAAAAAAAAAUUGGAAAAAAAAGAAAAAAAUCUUUGCCUGCAUAACACUUGAAAUUAAAAGUGAAUAAACCUGUCUUAAAUAUAA